UUUUACAGAUACACGGUAGGAGAGUAUGUUUAACCAUAUAAAAAAAUAUACUCAGUAGUAAGCGCAACCAUGCACCUCACACCCCGCUUGCUCAAUUUUACUCAGUGGAUUGUUGUUACUGUUGCCAAUAUUGACCAAGCAACAAUACCUGGAAUAACUGCCCUAAGAAUACCUUUAAUAAAGGUUUGGGAUAAUCUUGCUGCACUUAAAACGUCUGUGAUCUUGAGACUCCUCUUGCCUCCCACAGAAACAUCAUUUAGUAUUAAGGUGAAAGUUCAACUUCCUCAGUUCUGGAAAGGGAAGGGCUUUGUUCCACAAUUCCCAAGAGAAGGAUUUGCAUCAAAGGCAGUGGAACACACCAUGGAGGUGAUGGUUUUAUUGUUGUCUAGGGAUGCUAAAAUAGUUGAUUCUUCCUUUGUGAAUCUUAAGUAUAGGUGGUUGCCUAGGAUUUCAUCCUCCUCCACCCUAGGCUCAAAGUCAUCAAUGGCAUCCUCAAAAGGUUCCAACAAGACACCAGCUUUGUCACUCAAUGUUUGUCUAUACGAUGAUAUGGCAUUGGCAUCUAUGUCUAGAACUUCAUCCACCAUAGGAUUGGUGUCAAUACUGACCUGUGUAUAUCACAAUAGCCUUGCAAGGAUCAUCACCUGUGAUUUAUCUGGUGCAACUUUUAUGACCAAGGGUUCUACAUGUUUCACAAAAGAAGGGGACUCUUUCAUAGAUAUUAAGGCAGCCACAAAAAACAAAGUUCCACUUGUUCGAUCUUUGACAUUGAACUGGCUCACAGUUUGUAUUGAAACAAGCAGCAAGGCUAUUAUUCUCAAAGCUCAUAAGGAGUAUGUUCCAAAUUGUAUGGAGUGCCUGAGUGAUGGAACACCAGAGGUUAGAGAUGCUGCAUUUUCAGCUUUGUCAGCUAUUGCUAAGUUGGUUGGCAUGCGACCUUUAGAAAAAUCAAUUGAAAAACUCGAUGAUGUCAGAAGGAAGAAGCUUUCUGAAAUGAUUGCUGGGGCUAGUGAAUCUGAUGUUGCAGUGCCAUCCUCUGGAGCAAUUGUACCUUCCUCCACGGCAGCAGAUGGAUCAUUUGUUAGGAGGUCAGCUACUAGUAUGCUUAAUGGGAAAAAAGCUGUUCAGGCUGCUCCCAUCAAUAAGAAAGUAGUGCCUGCAAAACCUGGAGCUGCCAAAAAAGGGAACGGAGGCGGGCAGUUGAAACUGUCCAAGUCUGUGGAUGUUGAAGAUCCAGAAGAUAUGAGUCUCGAACAGAUCGAGAGCAGAAUAGGUUCCCUUAUACAGCCAGACACAAUUUCCAUGUUGAAGAGUGCAGCAUGGAAAGAGAGGGUUGAAGGUCCAGCAGCACAUUAUUGAUGUUAUUUCUCAUAUAUCUUCAACAACAUCAAAGUUCCCUAAAAAGUAUCUCUGAAAGAGUUGCUGACAUCAAGACACAUGCUCAAUCCAUGAAAUGCCUCACUACUUUCUGUGAAGCUGUUGGCCCAAGAUUUAUUUUUGAGAGGGUAAGUUAGUGUUUCUUUAAUCCAAAAUAAUUCUCAGGCCCUAUU